AUGAAGAGCAUCUCUGUUUUGGUACUACAGAGACUGAGGGAGCAUAGGUUGUAUGCCAAGUUCAAGAAUUGCGAGUUCUUGUUGCCUCGAGUAGUAUUUCUUAGUCAUAUUGUCAGUAAGGAUGAGAUUAUGGUGUAUCCGACCAAGACUGAAGUGGUGAGAGAUUGGAAAAAGCCGAAGAGUGCUUCAGAGAAUAGAAGUUUCAUUGGAAUGGAAGGGUACUAUCGACAUUUUGUCGAGGGGUUCUCGAGGAUUACAACACCCUUGACUGAGCUAACGCGUAAGAAUUUGAAGUUUGUGUGGAUUGAUAGAUGUGAGAACAACUUUCAGGAGUUGAAAUGGCAGUUGAUCACGGAACCAGUACUCAGUCUUCCCUCAGAUAAGGAAAAGUUUGUGGUUUACUGUGAUGCCUCGAGGGAGGGGUUAGGUGGUGUUCUAAUGCAAACAGGGAAGAUGAUUGCCUAUGGCUCAUGA